AUGUAUGCAGUUUUUGAAACAUUUUCAGUGAAAUCUGCUUUGCUUUUGGCAGUGUCCACCCUGAUAAUUUAUCUCAUAGUGUCUUGGCUUUUCAAAAAGACACCAGACAAGCUGCCACCCGGACCACGGGAAUGGAACACUAACUGGGAAAUACUGAAGGCCACAUGGACAGAUUCCUUUGUAGAACUGACUUAUGAGUGGGCUAAGAAGUAUGGGCCACUGACAUUUGUGUAUAGUCUUGGGCAACCGCUGCUGUUGAUAAACUGUCCAGAAACCGGGAGAAAAUUAUUCGCUGCAGACGAGUAUAAGUUACUUUUAGCAGAUAGAUACACGAAUGAAGCGUCUCGUCUGGCUUGGUACAACGGCAAAGACUUGAUUUUCUCAAAAUACGACGAUGUGAUGCGCAAGAAACGGAAACUGUUCCACAGCACAUUACGUUUGUACGGCGAUGGAGUGCAGAAAUUCGAGAACGUUGCCCUGGAAGAGAUGCAGAGAAUGUUUGCAGAGAUAGAUGCGGCUGGAGGCGCUGACUUUGAUCUUUCUGCGACCCUCUCCAGGUCCUUGAAGAUCAUUAUCUAUAUCCUGGCACUGGGAGAACGACCCAGCGACCCAGCGAUCCCGGAUAUUCUCGAGGAGUACGACAUCGCCUUCAACAAACUUUGGGCUCCGGAUAUGGAUUUUGUCAUUAGCAACAUUCGGAUCUUGACAAAAGUACCCGGAAAGUACAAGACAGCCGUAGACCGACUACUGAAGGCAAAGAGAGCUGCGGAGGAGUUGAUGUAUUUCAACCCGAAGAAAACACACAUACCAGGACAGCCCCGAGGUAUCGCUGACCUGUGGUUUGACCAAGCGAAUCUCCCGGGCAAUGAAUGGAUGCGACACGAUCCAGAACACGUGAUCGCAGUUUUAACAUCUAUAUUUUUUGCGGCCCACUUGACGUCCAGAUCACUACUAUUGGGUGUCUUCCUGUGCAUGAUGAACUACCCAAACAUUGCCAAGAAAAUACAAGAGGAAGUGGACACAGUGGUCGGAAGUAGAAGCCCAAGACUGGACAACCGAAGAGACAUGCCAUACACGGAGGCAACCAUUCUGGAGUCGCUGCGGUUGAUAUCUCAGUCACCGCUUAGUGGGGUCCGCACCGCCUCCGAGGAUAUACACUUCCAGGGGAUGGUCAUUCCAAAGAACACGCUUGUCUAUAUCAACACGGGCUACAUAUUUCGUAGCGAAAAGUAUUACGACGAUCCCUGGACAUUCAAACCGGAGCGUUUUCUGGACAGCCAAGGGCAACUUCUGCCAGUUGACCAUCCGGCACGCAGAAACCUCAUCCCGUUUGGAGUUGGUGUCCGGACGUGUCCAGGGGAGAGUUUUGCCCGCUCUCGAGGCUUCCUUUUUCUAACAAGCAUCCUACAGCGGUAUGAUAUCCUGCCUCCAGCCCACGAGAAAAUGGUCCCAGCAGACUUCACAGUUAAAGACGAGGCCGUGGCCGGAUUCGUCCGUCAGUGUGUCCGCUACAAAUGUCGCCUGAUCAGAAGAGAAGCGAGGAAGGAUUGA